AUGGCUUUCCAUCCUGUGAACACCCAGGUUCUGGGAACCCCCCAGUCCGGAUUCAAUAGUCAACAACCCUCAAGUAUGGACGCUACGCAGUCAGAUUCGGGAGAUUACGACGAGCAAGUUGUGGUGAUCCCGAUUGAUCAUUCUUUUAGUGAUGGUGAUUCAAAAACAUGGCCUACUGAAGAGAGGUUCGGAAGACCCGAUAAUACAUAUUAUCGGCAAAAGCUCGCGGAGCUAUGGUUGAAAAAGCGCGGUGCAUAUGUACCAGGAGUAAUUUCUGUCAUUGAUGAGCUGCCAGAUGGCUAUGCGGUUUUUGAUCGGCCUCGUUUAUCAGAUCCUAACACUCGCGACAAGUUCCUGUGGGGACAUCCAGUUGGCAAUUACUUUACUUCUAGUAUCAUGUUCUUUCCACAUUUCGACUAUUUAAUGAGCGGAGGCACAACAAAAUGUGCUUGUGAACUCUGCGGCAAGUUGGAAAGACGACAAAAAGAUGCUGCUACGGGGACUGCUCGACGCGGUAGGCCUCCUGGGAGACCUGUUGGGAGACCUCCUGGUACCCCAAACACAACGCCGUCUGGAAGACCUCCAGGCCGACCACCGGGCAGUGGCAGGCCUCGCGGUAGACCACCGACCAGGGGUCCAGGACGGCCUCCAGGACCAGGAAGACCUGGGAGGCCACCAGGAAGGGCAGGAUCUGCCGUAGUCGACAGGGAAGGCACUCCGGAUGUGUUCAAGUUCGCCGUCACAAAGCUGAAGCUUGCGGGCGUACUUGACAAUGCCAUCUCGGAGCCGUUCAGCAUGGACUGGAGAGCCGAGGAAGCUGCAAUGAAGGAGUAUUUGGAAACACUCGACGUGCGCCCUUCGUAUCUCCCUCGUCUUGGGGAGCUCGUGCUGUGGACACCUGACUUUGAUGGGGAAUUGGUUUGGAACACUCAGACCCAGUCCAUAGAGAUAUAUUCUCCGACAACGGGUAAAUGGAUGGAUAAGCCUCAAUGGCGUGCUGGAGUUGUUGGUCAGAUCCCCACAGAAGAAACAGUCCUUCAGGAUCUUGUGGAAAAAACAGACAAAAAAUGGGACCUAAACUAUUCUGGUUUCAGGGUCGAAACUCUUCCGGACCCCAACGGUACCGAUAAGAGCUAUUCGUUGCAUUAUGGCUACGUUGCUUUGAAGUGCAUCAAACCUUUCAACGCCUUCGAGCUCUUUUUGCAGGGUACUCCACGCGAAAAGCUUCACCCUUCAGUCGAGUAUGCUAUGACGAUAAUGUCAUCAUUCAGUCUGCUGCAUAAAUACCGUUUCGUGGGCACAUGGCCUAAUGCAUCGAUACAUUGCAGGGGCAUCUUCAUCGGUGCGGAGCUCCUGGCAGUUGGGGAUGCGGUUCGUCUCAAACCAAGGGGCUAUCGAGUCGAAGAUAGCGCGCAGAAACCGCCCGUGGUAGACGUGAUGGUGGUUAAAGAAAUCAGAUUGGAACUCAUUGAGUGUGAUGAUGACCCCAAGUCCAAGCAGCUUGCCGAGAAAUACCAGGUUCGCAUUUCAGGAAAGCUCUACACACCUGACAUGCAACGAGCCCAAAUAUCAAACAACGGGCAACCCGCUCGGGCUCUUCCUCUGCAUGAGGUAAUGGAUGUAUUCAACACUGUGGGAAUGGGUGGAUAUGGUGAGUGGUACGAAUUGCAUUCUGGCGCAGCUGUGGAUAUCUCCCAGGAUAUGAUCCUCGGCCGCUGCUACGAACCAGACGCUAUGAAGCUGCUAUUCAAUUCUCUCACGCUGGGAUACGACCUACAGGGUGUCUUGCGCGCGAGAGAGUACUCACGUAGUGUCGACGAGCGUAUCUCCGAGGGCAAAACCUGGUUUUGGGGCGACUUCCGAACUCAAACAUUAGGCAUUGACUCGCUGAAUGGUGAGGACGUCGGCCACUACAGUGAAUCCCGGGACGUGAAAAUGUGGAUGGCGAACCUCCGAAUCCUCGAUGGCACCGCUAACCAGGCUGAUAUCCGGGCUGCGAAACAACCAGCCGAACUUGGACGGCCGUCCAUGAAGACGGGUACCGCCGGCCUUGCGGAGAUUGGCAAGACCAGCAAGCUUGUUAGUGCCGGACUUGGAGCUGUGGACACGAGCAACCCGGUAAGCUCGGAGGAAGAGUCUUCAGAAGAAUCCGAGCGGCCCACCGCACUUUUGGGACGUCGAGUGUUGGUUAAUGAAAAGUCAGAGGUUGAGGAUAGUGAGAUGGAAGAUUUUACAGCGCGCAUUGAUCAGCUCCGCGGCGGCACUGAGGAGACAGAAGGCGGCGACUAUGUUCCUGAGUCCGAGCAAAAUUCGAAUAGGAACACUGAGGUUGGGAAUACUGGGCUGAGUUCAUUCCCUCCGAAGCACGGAACCAGGAUGGAAUUCGAUUAA